AUGUUAGUUACAAUCCCACAACCAACAUUGAGCAAUAUGGAAACCACCGCAACGACUACAUCAAGUAGAAGUGAUAAACUAGUUAUAUUGGAUGAGAAUGGUUAUAUAUCUGACAGUAAUAAUUAUCGUAUUCAACAACAAUUGCCGGAGGCUCAGGAAGGUCGAACAAUCAUUGGUGUUAUAUUGGAUGAGAAUGGUUAUAUAUCUGACAGUAAUAAUUAUCGUAUUCAACAACAAUUGCCGGAGGCUCAGGAAGGUCGAACAAUCAUUGGUGGUUCAUUCGGCCAGGGUUCAAAUCAGUUAUCGUAUGCGGAAGCAAUUAAAUUUGACUCGGAUUGGAAUCUAAUUGUAGCCGACACAGCGAAUCAUCGAAUUCAAAAAUUCAAUCUGAUUAGCAAUGGUUGUGAUUGA